AUGUUGGCGUCCGAACCGCCGUCGUCCCCGCCGGGCGAAGACGCAGCGCCGGAAGAGUCACUCGCCUGGUACAAGUCGCAAUACGAGCAGCUAGAAACCGAACUUGCCGAGUUCAGGGUUUCCAGCGAGGAACUCGAGAAGGAGUUGGAGAGGGACCUCGAUGCUGCCGAGAAGAGGGAGAAUGCGCUCAAGGAGAAAGCAGAAGGCCUCGUCUUCGAGGUCGACGAGUGGAAGAGGAAGUAUAAGGAAUCGAAGACCGAGGCGAACGCGGCACAGAACGCACUGGAAAAGGAGAUCACAACCUUGAGGGACACAAAUCGCACCUUGCAGCACAAACUCCGCGACAUAGAAGUUGCAAAUGAUGACUUCGAGCGACAAGCACGGAUCACAGACUCCUCCCUCGAGGACAUGGAAUCAAAAUACAAUGCGACAAUCGAGAGGGCAGUCAUGAUGGAGGAGGAGAUCAAGAUCGGUGAACAAGAACGGGAGCAGCUCAGAAUAGAAGCGCAAAGGCUACGGGAAGAGUUGUCCGACCUUAAGAUCGAAGCCGAGAUCCUCCAAGACAAGUUCAAGAAGCAGGAGGAGCAGCGUCACCUAUCCACGAUAUCCACAGAUCUUUCCAUUCCCGAAAGCCCCAUGUUCGACAACAGCACCAUGUCAGGUGCCAGCUCUCCACUCGUCUCAACGCCACCUGGAUCAGUAUCGUCGUCGAAAACUCCAGUCCAUGAGCCUCCAUCGCCACCGAUGUCGGAUGCGUCUGCCCCGAUUCCCAAGUCAAAGCCCAAGGGCCCUCCCGCGAUAGCACCCGCGACUGCUCCUGGGAAACCAAAGAGAUCGAGACUGCCUUCGAUGGACUCGAGUGUCACCUCAAGGCCGCGGGUGUCCUCGACAGCGUCACGAUCAUCCACCAGCACUCGACCCACCACCGCGAGUGCCGCACAGCGACCCACACCAGCCCUCCGUAGAACUACGAAACCCCUUCCCUCCAAGGCGCCUCCCAAGAACAAGAUACCCCCGUCGACGUCUCUCACCCACAUCCGAACUCUCACUGCCCAGAUGCAGCGUCUCGAAGCUCGUGUUCAAUCUGCCCGUUCCAAACUCCCCGCGCCUACGGUCACGCCACCGCGUGCCUCUCCUAGGUCUGUCGCUAGUAAUAGCAACGUCACGAUAAGGACCCGCAAGCGAGGUGUAUCGUCCGUGUCAUCCGCUGCCACUAGCACGACGCCAGAGGACGCAACGCCGACUGGCAAUGGUUUCAACAGGAGCACCAACGGCGGUCGACAUCUGCCCCGACUUAGUAUAUCUGGUGUCAGCAGGCUCUCCUUUGGUCCCCUCCCAAACCGCGGCCCCAUCGAUUCCGGAUCCGAGGUUAGCCGCCCCAGCAGCCGAGCUAGCACCUCGAGCUAUGCGCGGCCGGUCAGCCGGGCCGACGGCAGGAACGACAGCAUGAUAGCGCCGCCACGGCCAGUGAGCCGCGCAGGUGGUGCGAGGACACCUCUGGGCCGGCCAAUGAGUAGGACGAGUUUUGGCAGCAGCUUACACGGGCACUCGGUGAGCAGUCUUAGCCUCAGCACGGCAGAAGAAGUCGAGCCGGAGGAGCGAUCGUAUAAGACACCUAGCAGGCGCGGAACCUACAGUCGAUUAGAGGGCGGCAGUGGGAUCCCAACACCAAGCGGCCUCCCUAUGCCAACCUCGAGACGACAGAGUUUAGCAAGCGUUCAGGCCGAGCCAGUCAGGAGACCGAGCAUAGGGCCGGCACUGAUCAAGAAGGCGUCGACACAGCCUUUGGGCGAUCUCGGCGAAACCUUCUAG